AUGGAGGGCGACGUGGAAUGCUCCUUAACGGUCAAAAUGGUCCUGCAAGUUGGCGCCUCCCUGUUCGCCAGCAACAUUGGCAGCGGCCACUUCAUCGGGCUGGCCGGCACCGGCGCCGCGUCCGGCAUCGCCGUGGCCGGCUUCGAGCUCAGCGCCGUCUUCUGGCUGGUGGUGUUGGGUUGGGUGUUUGUACCCGUGUACUUGUCUGCCGGCGUGUACACCAUGCCUGAGUAUCUGCGACUUCGGCUCGGAGGGCAGCGCAUCCGGCUGUACCUCUCCGUACUCGCCAUCCUACUCUACGUCUUCACUAAAAUAUCGGUGGACCUGUACGCCGGAGCGCUCUUCAUCCAGCGUGCGAUGCAGUGGGAGGGCGAGUGGGGCCUCUAUACGUCCAUCAUCCUGCUGCUGGCGGUGGCGGCCUCCUUCACCAUAUUCGGCGGACUGGCGGCGGUGGUCUGGACCGAUCUGGUGCAGACGGCGCUCAUGGUGGUCGGCGCGUGCGUCCUGGCCGCCCUCUCCUUCACCGCCGUCGGCGGGUACGACUCGAUGGUCCGGUUGUACUUCGAGUCGCUCCCGAGCGCCAACGUCAGCCUCUUCGACGAGAACAACCGGUCGUGUGGCGCCGUCCGCGAGGACGCCAUGCACCUCUUCAGGGACCCUGUGGAUUCAGACCUGCCCUGGCCCGGCAUGAUAUUCGGCAUGUCCAUCAUAUCCCUCUGGUAUUGGUGCUCUGAUCAGGUGAUCGUCCAGCGCGCCCUGGCCGCGCGCAGUCUGGUGCAUGCCAAGGCCGGCACAGUGCUGGCCGCCCUGCUAAAGAUGCUGCCCCUCUGGCUGAUGGUUUUCCCGGGUAUGGCGGCGCGCGUGCUGUACAAGGACCGCGUGGCCUGCUCGGACCCGGAGGCCUGCUGGCGGCUCUGCCGAUCCCGCUCCGGCUGCAGCAACCUCGCCUACAUCGAGCUCGUGGUGCAGCUGCUGCCGCCCGGCCUCUCUGGCAUGAUGCUGGCAGUGAUGCUAGCCGCCCUGAUGUCUUCGCUGACGUCCAUUUUCAACUCUGCGUCCACGCUGUUCUCCAUCGACAUAUACAAGCGGAUCAGAACGAAUGCGACGGAGAUCGAGCAGGUCAUUGUGGGCCGCAUGUUCGUUAUCGUCAUGGUGGGCAUCUCCAUCGUGUGGGUGCCCAUCAUCAACAACUUCUCGUCGGACCAGCUGUUCGUCUACAUUCAGAGCAUGCAAUCGUACCUACCACCGCCCAUCUGCGCCGUCUACGUGCUCUCCGUGUUCUGGAGUCGGACCACCGAGCCGGGUGCCUUCUACGGCCUGGUGUUGGGUCUGGCGAUCGGCGUAGCGCGGUUCGUCGCCGAGUUCUCGUUCGCUGCGCCCUCAUGCGGUUCGACGGCGCCCGACCGGCGGCCCGACUGGAUCCGACGCGUCGUCUUCGGCGUGCACUACCUGCACUUCGGGCCGCUGCUGUUCGCCGUGGUGUGCGCGAUCGUGGUGGUGGUGUCGCUUCUGACCGAGCCGCUGCCGGCCGCCUGCUUGCACCGGCUGACGUUCUGGACCCGGCACAGCACGGCCGAGCGCCGCCCGCUGCGAAAAAGUAGGGACGACAUCCGCGCCGACGGCAGCGCCCACGAGCGGAACGGCGCGGACGGAGAACACGGGGACGACGAGCCGCUGACGGCGUGCCGGCGAGCACUGCGCGUGCUCUGCUGUGUAACGCAGAACGGCGACGCCGAGGCUGCGCCGGACGGCCGGCACGCGGAGCAGACGGGUGAACAGCGGGCCCGAGCGGCCGCCAGUGUCCUCAAGGAGACCCGACGACAGCGCAUCGUCCUGAACGUGGCCGCUGUUCUCGCCAUGGGGCUGUCUGCCACUCUCUACAUCUACUACAGAUGAGGACUAUCUCCGGAGCCAUAGAGGCUCAUGCGCAAGGAGCUAGAAUUGCUUUUGAACUAGGGUGGGAGUGAAAAAUUUCAUCGCAAAAAGACCGCGCAGGAGUGAAAAAAUUAAUUCACAAAAGAUGUAACUUAUGAGCUCGUGACUGUUGCUUCAGCAAACAAAGACACAUAUUUCAAGUUGGCAUGCACGUACUAUCAUAAACCUGGCAAAACUUUUGGGUUUUAACAUCUUAAACCGUUUAAGUGAAACAGAAUAAUUAAAGCAUAGCAAUUUCAUGACAGUGUAAUGAGCAUAAACAGUUAUUAACGCCAAUAAUUUGAUGUUGUAUUUUGCACUUCCCUUCCACAGGACUUUAACACAACACAAAGCAAAGAAAUUUAAUGACAAAAUAACAGAAAAUUCAACAAGCAUAAAGCACUCGAACAGAAAGAAACCUUGGACCCCUACACAUCAGCUCAUCACCAAGUCAAACACAAUAGACAUACCUCUGGCUUUUAUUGAGAUGGGGUCAGGGAAAACAAGCAUUUU